AUGCCAUGCCGGCCGUCGGAUUGGGCACCUGGAGGGCUGGAUCGGAUACUGCCCACUCCGUUCAGACGGCCAUCACCGAGGUGUACAAACUUGGUCCCUGAGAGGGUGCGUCCAGCAUUAGAGAACACGCUCAAGGAUCUACAGUUGGACUACAUCGAUCUUUACCACAUCCAUUGGCCGUUCCGGCUGAAAGAUGGGGCACACAAGCCUCCGGAAGCAGGGGAGGUGCUGGAAUUCGACAUGGAGGGGGUGUGGAAGGAGAUGGAGAACCUUGUCAAGGACGGGCUGGUUAAGGACAUCGGCGUCUGCAACUACACGGUGACCAAGCUCGACCGGCUGCUACGGUCUGCAAAGAUUCCGCCGGCCGUUUGCCAGAUGGAAAUGCACCCUGGCUGGAAGAACGACAAGAUGUUCGAGGCCUGCAAGAAGCGCGGGAUCCAUGUCACCGCUUACUCCCCACUGGGUUCUUCAGAGAAGAACCUUGCGCAUGACCCGGUUGUUGAGAAGGUGGCCAACAAGCUGAACAAGACCCCGGGGCAGGUGCUCAUCAGGUGGGCUCUGCAGAGGGGAACGAGCGUCAUUCCCAAGUCGAGCAAAGACGAGAGGAUCAAGGAGAACAUCCAGGUGUUCGGGUGGGAGAUCCCUGAGGAGGACUUCAAGGUCCUGUGCAGCAUCAAAGAUGAGAAGCGUGUGCUGACCGGGGAGGAGCUGUUCGUGAACAAGACCCACGGGCCAUACAAGAGCGCGUCCGAAGUCUGGGAUCACGAGAACUGA